UAUGUUACCGCACAGUUAUGAUUUGUUGUUUUUUAUGCACAACUUCCAGUAUAUUAAAACCAAUGGAUUCUUUUGCCUCAGAAUUAUCUUCGAUGACAGAUUAUUUAAACAAUGAAAAACUGUGUCAGGAUAUGUGCAAAACUAUAACACAAAGCGUGGAGAGCACUAAUAUUAAUAGCAAACAGGUUGAAGCUCAACCAUUUCCUUCACUCAUGCCUAACAUAAAUUCAGAUGAAGAUAUUGAAGGAAUAUUACAUGAAAUUUCAGAAAUUUUGGCUGCACAGAGCGUUGACGAUUCUCAAUGUACUGAUAAUGGGCUGGAUGACAGCAGAAGUGUCGAAGAAAUUCUAAAGGAUGCAGAGGAGUUAGUUUGCUCAGCUGCUUCUCACAUUGAAGAAGAUAAAUCUCCAAUUUCCAAUUCAAACAAAAAUCCUGGCCCUAAUAAAAUUUCCAAAGAUAAAGCGGCACCUCAUAAAAUAGCUAGCAGUGUUUCUUUUGCAGAAGAUUGUAAACAGCGUUCGUCGGCUACUCAUAAAGUACAGAAUAAAUCUACUGAAGCUCACAUUAAACGGAGUAAAAGUUUUAGUGAUUUUGAAAAAACUAAAAUUGUUGAUGAUGGUAUUAAGCUUGAUAGAGCAGUAUUUUCUCCAUCUAGACCAUAUAUUAGAAAUGAUAACAGGAAAAAUAAUAAAGUUAUUAAAAAAAAAUCUGAAGCGUAUGAGUUAAAAUUGUCUGAUUUAGCUACAGUGUAUGAAGAUGUUGAUGCCCCGUUGGAAACGCCAGCUUCCAGUUCUGUGAAGGCUUCAGAGGCUACAGAUAAUGAAGUGAUUAUGAAUAAAAAAGUGAAUACUGUUGAAAAUCAAGACAAUAUGGCAUUGAUGCACCAGGAUGUAAAUAAUGCACAAGUCACCGAUAACGUUGCAUUAUUAAAACAAGAAAUUGAAUCAUUGAAUUUAAAGAUAGCCAUGUAUGAAAAGAAAGAUAAGGAUAAAACUGCAUCUGAAGAUAGAGUAAAUAUCGCAGAACAAAAUAGGCUUGCAUUACUUAAAGAAGAAAUUCUGAGCCAAGAAGAGCUGAUAGCUAGUUAUCAACGAGAGAAUCAACGACUCUGUAGUGAUAUCAUUAAUGCAAAGGAAGCUUGGAAAGAGACUGAAAUGAAGCUGCUAGAAAAAGCACGUCAAAAUGAACAACAAAAAAUUGCAAUUAUGAAUAAAACAAAUUCUGAAAUAAUGCAACUUAAAGAAAAGCUCAAAGCAGCAGAGGAAACUAUUGCUGUUUUACAACUAGAAUUGAAAACUAUUAAGGAUGAAAAAGUGGAAGUUGAAAGGAUGAACGAAGAGCUAACUGUCGAUGUUACUCGACUAAACUUUGAGAUAGAUGAAUAUAAAAGAGAAAUGGAAGAUUGGAGAAAAUCUGAAAAAGAAAAGCUCGUAGCUAUUGAAUCUAACGCAACAAUUCAAGGGAAACUGUCACAAGCUAAUACUGAAGUUACAAGAAAACAAACUGAGAUUGUUCGUUUAAACGGGAUGAUAGGCCAGUUGAGAGGGGAAUUAGAAAAAAUCAGGCUUGGAAGUGUUAUUAACCAGUCCUCUGAAAACUUAACAUCAACUAUUAGCCAAUUGCAGGCUGCAUUAGCUAUAGAGAGGGAAAAUAGCAAAGAACUUGUAAAAGAAAAGGAAACCAUGUCUAAAGAAAUUUUAGACCUCAGACGACAAGUUAAAGAAAUGGAGAACAUCUUGAUAAAGCGUUCUAAAUCUGGUUCCGGCCUCCCCAUCGGCGAGGCCUACUACCAAGAUAGCAACAGGGAGAGUUAUGAACAAAAAAAUAAAGCCUUGCAUGCAGAACUUUCUCAAAGUCAGGCUGCACUAGCUGCAAAACAGCAACACAUAAAUGAAUUGCAAAGUAAAUAUGACCAGGACAUAUUUAAACUUGAGCAAGAACUUAAAAAACUCAGAAAGGAAUCAGUUACGCUGAAGAAUUCUUUGGAAGAACGUGAUCGUGGUCCGAAACCAAUCCCGGCAGCCAAGGAAGAUGCCCAUUUGCUUGCGACUAUCCGAGGACUUAAAGCAGAAAUCAGUAACCGUGACAAGGAUAUUGUAAAGCUGAAUAAGGAACUAGACGAAAUUCGGAAAACAAAUAGAAGGCUUCAGAGAGAAAGAGAAAAAGCUCUCAAUGCUGGGAACAAGUACAGAAGUAAUGGUAUACACCUGCCUAAAGAUAUGGACAAAAAUUCAAGAUCAGAUUCAGAUCAGAGCUCUAGCAAAGAUUACAACCCUGUUUUAUAUGCAGAGGAACAAGAAAACAUAUUAUUUUUAAGAUCGGAAAACAGGAGUUUAAAGGAAGAAAUUAAAAAAUUGGAACAAGACCUUAUCAGCCUCCAUAAUAAGAGAAUUCAAGAUGUUAGUAUGAUUAUUACAAAUGAAUUAACUAAAAUAAUAACUUUACUGCUAACAUUUGAAGUUUGUGCCAUGGUCUGUUUUACAUUCUUAAUAACCUGUCUGCCAUUCAUAUACUUCAUGUAGCUUAGCGAUUUACAAGAGCAGCACGAGUCAGAAAUUAGUAGAUUGGUGAGGGAUCAUGCUGCUAAACACUCGUCUUCCACUGUCGCUCAUCUUCAGGGUCAGUUAUACACUCAACAGAUGGUCAUUCAUCACUUGAAAGAACAAAUUAAAAUGCUUGAAGGAAGUACUGAAGAGGUGACUGUUCUAAAAGCUGAAAGAGAUCAUCUUGAGUCCACGUUGAUAGAAGCAAACAAAAAAAUCGCACGCUUCCAUGAUCUGCAAUCUCCUGAGAGCAUGCAGUAUUCAGAGCUCCUUGAUAAACUGGAUUUCUUAGAACGAAGACAUGAAGUCAGAGAACAGAAACUGCAAGCAAUCGUACGUGACCUUCUUACUAAACAGGGACAAGGUUUGACUUGUAGUUCGAAUUGCAGAGAUAAAUUGUUAAACAAAAACAGGGAGAUUUGUUAUUAUAGAGCUGAAAUGGACAAAAUUCUUGAUACUUUAGCCGAGUUUAGAUGGAAUAAGUAGAAUGGCUUAACAUAAAGCAGAUUGGCCCUUGAACAAAGUUGUUCACUAUGACUUAUGCCAAUAUGGAUUUUGACCUGAAGACUGUACAUGGCUCAUAAUUAACUCCCUGAAGGCUUUGAGUUGAGGUAUAUCAGUAUUUUAGUUCUAUCAAAUAUUUGAGAUUCCGCUCAGGGUGGGUGAUCAUCAUUUUCUAGUCUAAUGUAGUUUAAGAAUUUUUCCAGUAUAAUUAUGAUAGUCAUGUUGUUUGUAGAAUAGAUAACUAAAUUAUUUUCCCAAGACAUUAGCCUAUCUAGAUAAGUUAGUUAUAUUAAGUGCCAAUUGAUGACAUUUCUGAAUUUAUUAAAUCUGUUAUUGAACUUUACCUUCUAUUUUUUUUUUUUUUUUUUCUAAAUUGCACAUUGCACUGCCAUUUUUACCAUUUCUUUAUUAUAGUGCUUAAUGAACUUUGAGAUUAUUAAAAAGAAUUUAUCUCGUAAUACUUUAUUUUAUUUAAUUAAUUAAGGAGUAGAAUACAUUUUUUGAAGACUGAUUGGCAUUAUAUAUCUUUUAUUUAAGGUUUAUGCUGUUAUUUGGCUGUUUCGAAUCGUUAGAUAGGUUAUUAAUUUUACUAUUGCAUAGUAUAGAAUUUAAAAAAUGCCCUCCAAGACUUAGAUUAGUUUUUGUAGAAAUCACUAAGCUCAAAUUUACUCACAAAUUAUUACAAUGAAAUUUUGCUGUCUAGUCCUAUUGAAUUUUUGUAGUUUUAAAUUUAUUCUAUUGAUAGACUAUAUAUAUUUUCAAACUAUUUUUAUUAUUUAUUAUUGAAUAAAUUGAUUCUAAUUUAUAAUGGUCGGUAGUAGUUAGAUAUAUGAAUGUAAUUGUAAAAAAAAAAAUUAUGGCAAAUAUAAUUUGUCAGGUUAAAGAGAAUUCAAUUCAUUGUACUUUAUUUGUUUAGUAAUAAUUGUUUAAAUUUUUGAUCAAUGUUCGUUGUUAGAUACUUAGUAGAUUUAUUAUAGUUUUUAUAUUUCAUUAUUUUAUUCAACUUUAUUACGUCCAUGUUAAUUUUUUUUAAAUUAUUAUUUGUUUCAAUAAACAGUUAAUC